UUUCAAUCCUCCAUAUGUAUGUACUGUACAUGUGGCAGAAUUGACAAUAAAGCAGACUUUUGACUAAUGUAAAAAUGUAAGGAUUUAAUAGAUUAUUUUUUAGGAAGCGGUAUUAUGUGGUAUCUGUAGACUUUAACCUUUACUGUUUGAUUAAACAGGUUAAACACAACAGGGUUUACGGGAAAAACUUAAUCUUCCUCUUUUUCUGCCAUAGCCAAAUCAAACAAGUUUGCCUUUUUCGUGACUUUUAGACUCUUGUUUUCUAUUUGUGAUGCCUGUGAUUUUACCCACAUUAUUAGACUGCAUUAUACAUGCCUGUCAUGGGUGAAAUAUGUCUCAUCAUUUGGUGAGUUCUUGAUUUAAUUCCUAAUUGUUUUAUAAUUAAAUAUAAAUUCAGUUUUAGUUGAAUAAGUCUGUACCUAAACAGUAAACUCUUGCUGUGCUUAAAAGGUUCUUCACAGCGAUGCCAUGGAAGAACCAUCUUUGGUUCCACAAAGAACCUUUCAGCCAAAAGUUCUUUAAAGAACCUCUUUCUUGCUUUUUUAUAAUCUGAAAAACCCUUUUUUCACCACAAAGAACCUUUUGUGAAACAGAAAGGUUCUUCAGAUGUUAAAGGUUUUUUAUGGAACCGAAAGGUUCUUCUAUGGCAUCAAAGAACCCUUUGAAGCACUUUUUUUUAAGAGUGUAUAGGCAAAAUGCUAACAACACCAAUAUUGUGUACCAUUUCUCUUUACUAAAAUUAUUCCAGCAAAUGUCCAUCUUUUCUAUUCUUUCUGUUGAACACAAUGAUCCAGCCUAAUGUGGGCAUUUCUGAAAGUGUGUGAGUGUGAGCCGCUCAUGUUUGGAGAGGUGUCUUCUCCAUGGUAUCCCCAACCAUAUUCUACAGAUCUCCAGGAACAAUGGGACCUAGAGGUGCCAAAAGGGUAUCGGAUCCAGCUAACAAUCAAUCAUCUGGACAUUGAACCCUCUCCAAACUGCUACUAUGAUUCUCUCUUGGUUAAGUCCGAUGAGAAGGUUUUGGGGACGUUCUGUGGCAAGAAUUCCACAGACAGGUUUCACCCAGGACACAAGCCCAUCUUAGCCCCUGGAAACCGUCUCCAGCUGAUUUUUCAUACAGAUGACUUAAAUCAUGACUCUCAUCUGGGCUUCACUGCCUUUUACCAGGCCGUUGACAUUGAUGAAUGUUCCACUUCCAGCGUGGAGAAUGAAUCAGAUCCCCCAUGUUCACAGAUAUGCCUCAACACUUUGGGCUCCUACGUGUGUGCCUGUCAUCAUGGUUAUCAACUGAGACCUGACAAUCGCACCUGCAUCUUGGACUGUGGAGGUGGAGUGUACACUGAACCAGAGGGGACCAUCUCCAGUCCCGGGUACCCGGACCCCUCCCCGCUUGAUCUGGACUGCCUCUACAUCAUCUCCUUGCAACCAGGCUUCACUAUCACCUUAAGCUUCAGCCAGACCUUCCAGAUAGAGCAGGUCAACAAUCAGGGACCAACCUGCCUCUUCCACUGGCUGCAGGUGUCUGUCCCAGGAAAAGACCCUGAGAAGUUCUGCGGAGACAAAAGCCCUGGUAUCCUCUAUACAGGCUCCCACAUCACCCAGCUGGAGUAUCACACUGACAGACACGGACAGAGCCAGGGAUGGAGCUUACAUUACACCACCCAGAGGGUGAAGUGUCCAAAUCCGGGGAAGAUAAGCCAUGGAAAAGUCACUCCAACAUAUCCCCAGUAUUUGUACAGAGACUACAUUCAGGUGUAUUGUGAGCCAGGAUACAAACUCAUGAUGGGAGAAAAAGAAAUUAAAAGUUUUUUAUCCAUGUGUCAGAGUAAUGGACAAUGGCACAUGACAUUGCCAGCGUGUAGGAUUAUUGAUUGUGGCCGGCCAAAGUCCCUGCUAAAUGGAAACGUUACAAAUAUCUCUGGAUCAGACAAUCAUUAUCUUUCUAGCAUCGAGUACCGCUGCGAUGAGCCUUACUAUGCUUUUGAUGGAAAGCCUCAAGUUCGAUACACCUGUACAAGAGAACGGAAAUGGACAGCAGUUGGCCACAAUGACAUUAUUCCUCCCUGCCUUCCUGUGUGUGGCAUGAACACAGAGGUCCUGUUUGGUGGAAGAGUCUAUGGUGGGAAGCCAGCCAAACUGGGACAGAUUCCCUGGCAUCUCUUACACAGAUCAAAUCCUAGAGGUGCUGCUUUUCUGAUCAGUGAUCAGUGGGCGCUCACAGCUGCUCAUGUAGUAGAUGGACACGAAAACAGAACCAUGCAAUUCACUGGAGGAAUGAUUGAUGAAACUGAUCAGCGUUCAGUCACAUUAAAAACUGAGAAAAUCAUAAUUCACCCAAAUUAUAAGAAGGUAGGUAGAGAUGGACAUGAAACUAACUUCAAUAAUGACAUCGCCCUGAUCAAAAUGUCCCAACAAGUUAAACUCGGUCCAAACAUCAGGCCGUUGUGUCUACCAAAAAAAUCAGACGGACCUGUGUUGGAGGAUAUGAAGGGUACAAUCUCUGGUUUUGGAGGGAUUAAGAAAGAAACAAAAAGUCAUCUUUUGCGUCAUGGGCGUGUUGAAGAGUAUUCCCUUGAAAAAUGCGAGUCCUUCAACCUACCUGUAUCUGAUAACAUGUUCUGUGCUGGAAAUGAAAAUGAACGUAUUGACAGUUGUCAAGGUGACAGCGGUGGUGCAUUGUUUUUUCCUGCUUUGGGCAAUGCGUCUCCAGAUCAGCGCUAUGAGGUGAGGGGCAUUGUGUCAUGGGGUCCUUCUAUAUGUGGUCAUCCAAGUUUUAAAGGUUAUUACACAAAAGUGCACAACUACCUGGACUGGGUCAGAGAAACUAUGGCAAAUAACUAACAUAUAACUAACAUACAUGAGUCCUCUCUCAGUCUUUAUUUUACAGCAGACACAACUUCUACAUCUUUAACCUUACUUCCAAUAUUUUAAACUUCCAAACAUGCAGAUUUAUUCCAAAUGUUGUUAAGUUCAAAUAUGUGUUGUGACUGUAUUAAACAUCAAAUAAAACAUUUAAU